AUGACAUCACAAGGUGGAACUGUGUUUUCACUUUGAGAAAAGAACGAAGCCUAAAUGUUGCAGGGUUUGUGUGUUAAAUGUGUGACUGAAACAAAACACAACUCCAGGUAUGUUUCUGAAUAACGAAACAGAAUUAUAACCAUGGAUAAUAUAUGCCCUUUAAUUACACUGUAGAUAAAAAUGGAGCUAAGUGAACUCUCUUUAGCCCCAUCUCUUGUCAGCCUUCAAUAAUCUGCAGUCAGUGCUUUUUUGUCUAGUUAGUGAUAAGAUUUGCCUGUCAAUACUUGCACUUUUGUAAUCAGGUGAAAGAUUACUGUCUUACGUAAUUUUUGUGUCUUAUAAGAUUGUCCACAAACACUUUUUAAAUUUCUCUCAUCACUUGUUUUUCAGAUUUGUUUCUUUGACCGUUUUCUGUUCUUUCGCUGGUGUGAAUAUAAAUUAGGAAAGCUUGAAAACUCUCUGAAUGUGUCUUUAACCCACCUGGACCUCAGACAAGGUGGCCAGCUUGUGUCCCUUUUAAACCGGCAGUCUGCCACAUGUUCCCCGGAUCUGUAUGAACUCACGUGUUAAACUGCUCGGCGAAGAUGAGGUUGGUGGAGGUACCGGUGAUGGUCAUGAGCCCUCCGAUGGUGGCGGCGUACGUGAUGCUCAGAGUCAGACAUUUACAGAUCAUGUGGUCCCUCUUGGUCGGGUACUGCGAGUCCCUCCUCAUCUUUACUCGCUUCACAUUGGGGAUCUCCACUGCCACCUACAGGAACGAAACAAAAUAAGCAGGACAAGUUACCGGUCAGAUCUGUGGAAAGGCAACCCCACUCACAACAGAACUACAGUGGGACAGAGGGGACAGUGUUCCAGUGAGGGCCCCUCCCACGGCUCUUUUCUCUCAACUCAAAUCCUAUCAAGACAUCAAGCACCAGCCCCUAACAGAGCGGCAAUCAACAAAAGAAACCAGCACAGGUGCGCUCGUGUGGUACUCACGCUGGUUGGAUGGAUGAGCGGCAGCGGUAGCAGAGAGAGCGGGAUGAGGACCACCACGAGCAGCUUCCUGGCCGUCCACAGCUUCCGGAACAGAUCCAUCCUCGCAGCGGCCUCUAACCUCAUGAGUGACCCGGCUUUGGAGCAGCAAAUGCGAAUAUGAUGCUGAACACGAAGCGCUGUACCUUCUCCUGGAUUUAGCGCCAAAGAAUCAUGAAGACUCAACCAAAACAAACCUAUUUUUUCUGCAUUGAAGGAAUAGCCAGUAUCUUCUGAAAGGCAUGGAGCUUUGAAUUUCAGGUUAAACUUCUGAAUAUGGCACAGAUGUCUUACAAACUGGAACCAAAGAGUGCCAAAGCUUGGAUAUGGAGGGGUGUCAUAUUUCUAUUUUGGAUGCUAGCGAUGGUGAAUGCAUCUACAGUGAAGCAAGAGGAGAACCAGGAGGACCCAAAGGUGACAGCAGCCACCCUGUUGUUGAAUGAGGACUGGACAGGGACCACCGUGCAGCUACUACCGGACAUGCAGACAGAGAGUCAGACUCAAGGGUUCACUGAGGAGCCGAUGGAGAGUGAAGUGGAGGUAGUGACUCAAGGAAGGAUGCCCAAGAACUAUACAGGUCUCUCAUGUAUUCCAGUACUACCCCCCAGAAGAGGGUCCUUCUUCGUGGAGGGGGGCACUGGUCUCUCUGUAGGCAGUGUUCUGGCCUUCUGGUGCAGGGACGGGUUCCAGCUCGUGGGCAGUGAUAAGAUCCAGUGUAAUGUGAAGAACGGCAAAGCACAGUGGAGCAAUUACCUGCCCGUGUGUGAAGCGAUCCCCAGGCCUCAGGACAGGGGUCUGCGGGUGGCGGUGCUGGCCUCAGUGGUGAGUGGAGUGGUGAUCCUGGCUAUGUCCCUGUCCUUCCUCAUCUGCUGCCUCCAGGAGAGAGCCUCCAGACUGCGCGUCAAGAAGGAGGGCCGCCUCAGACGCAGGGAGAAGCGCUCGUCCCGCCGCUCAGAGUGGGAGAGAGAGGAGGGAGAAUGGGAGUCCUUCGCUCCACCAAAGAUAUUCCACCUGUCCCAAAGAAUGAACCCACGCCUCGCCCCCGACAGCCCCCUUUACCUGACCGGAGGACUCAGCGGCUAUGAGAACAGGGGAUAUCAGAGGAGCCAGGAGAGUCUACUGAAGGCAUCUCUCUCUGGCCUAUAUCGCUCAGACUCCCAGCUGUACCCCCACGUCGUCCUGCAGAGGGUGCCCACACCAACUGCCCCAUCUGCCCCUCCCUCUGCUCCUUCUGCACCUACAGCCCCCCACUACCUACACUUACCCCACUCCUCCUCUUCCACAGCCUCCUCUCCGGCUCAUACCACCAGCCACAGUCGCAGUCAGACACACAUGAUGCCCCAGUAUCCCACCCCAACAUACCCCCCCAACCCGAACACAACUGUACCCACAUACCCCUCGGCUGCUCCCAUAUACCCCAACCCUAACCCCGCCACACAGAGACCAUGGCAAUAA